AUGGGUAACGGAGCCAAAGCCGCCUCGAAGCGUGAGCGCAAUGCCAAAGAUGCCAAAGGUUCGGCCAAGUCACAGCUGAAAGUUAACGAAGCUGCCAAGGACAUCAUGUGCAAUGUCUGCAGACAGACCUUCCUGCGCACGACUCGUGCUCCUGCCCUGACGGAGCAUGCCUCGAAUAAGCACAGCAAGACUCUGCAGGACUGUUUUCCCAACUUUGUGGAGACUCCUAAGAAAUAG